UCGCGGCCCCGGAGCAGCGGCGGAGCGGGAGGUGGAGCGGCGGAGCGGCAGGCCCUGUGCGGGCUGGAGCGCGGUCGGCGAGCGCACGGGCCGCGGCCGCGCGGAGCCCGCCAUGCCGGCGCGAGUGUGAGGCGCGGCGAGCCACGGCCCAGGAGAGCGGCGGGCGCGCCGGCCUGUUGCCCCGCAGCGGCCCGGCUGGGGCCGGAUGAGCAGCGGCCUCGGCCUCCGGCGCAGCCCGGAAAUGUCCGGCAAGAUCGAGAAAGCAGACUCUCAGCGUUCCCAUCUCUCCUCCUUCACCAUGAAGCUGAUGGACAAAUUCCACUCUCCCAAAAUCAAGAGAACACCAUCCAAGAAGGGAAAGCCAGCCGAGGUGUCGAAGACCCCUGAGAAGCCCGUGAGCAAAGAGGCAAGAGACAGAUUUCUACCAGAGGGCUACCCUAUCCCCUUGGAUCUGGAGCAGCAGGCAGUAGAAUUUAUGUCCACCAGUGCUGUGGCUUCCAGGUCUCAGAGGCAGAAGAGUCUGUGCUGGUUGGAGGAGAAAGAGAAGGAGGUUGUCAGCGCCUUGCGCUACUUUAAGACCAUUGUGGACAAAAUGGCCAUUGAUAAGAAGGUUUUGGAGAUGCUCCCAGGGUCAGCCAGCACGGUGCUGGAGGCCAUCUUACCCCUGGUACAGACUGACCCCCGGAUCCAGCACAGCUCAGCCCUCUCCUCCUGCUAUAGCCGCGUAUACCAGAGCCUCGCCAACCUUAUCCGAUGGUCUGACCAGGUGAUGCUAGAGGGUGUGAACUCAGAAGAUAAAGAGAUGGUGACAACUGUGAAGGGGGUCAUCAAAGCUGUGCUGGAUGGAGUGAAGGAGCUAGUGAGGCUAACCAUCGAGAAGCAGGGGCGGCCAUCACCAACAAGCCCAGUGAAGCCCAGUUCCCCAGCCAGCAAGCCUGAUGGCCACUCUGAGCUCCCGCUGACAGACCGGGAAAUGGAGAUUCUGAACAAGACGACACCAGGUGUGUCGCCGUCCACUGAACUGCUCCCAGACUCUACUAGUGAAGAGGUCGCACCCCCCAAGCCCCCUUUACCUGGCAUUCGGGUGGUUGAUAACAGUCCACCAGCAUUGCCACCCAAGAAACGGCAGUCAGCCCCGUCCCCUACCCGGGUGGCUGUGGUGGCCCCUAUGAGUCGAGCUGCCAGUGGCUCCAGUCUGCCCGUUGGAAUCAACAGGCAGGACUUUGAUGUUGACUGUUACACCCAGAGGCGCCUGUCAGGAGGCAGCCGCUCCUGUGGUGGUGAGUCUCCUCGCUUGUCCCCCUGCAGCAGCACAGGCAAACUCAGCCGGUCAGAUGAGCAGCUGUCCUCCCUAGACAGGGAUAGCGGGCAGUGCUCACGGAACACAAGCUGUGAAACACUAGAUCACUAUGACCCUGACUAUGAAUUCCUCCAGCAAGACCUCUCCAAUGCAGACCAGACCCCUCCACAGAUGGCCUGCAGCCUCAGCCCACUGCCGGAGUCCCUGGGGGAGGCUGGGCCACCAUUUCUUGGCCAUCCUUUCCAGCUGCCUCUGGGCAGCUGUCCCCAGCAGGAGGGGCAGCAGACAGACACUCCACCUGCCCUUCCUGAGAAGAAGCGCAGGAGCGCAGCCUCCCAGACCACGGACAGCUCUGGCUGCAGGGUGUCCUAUGAACGACAUCCUUCACAGUAUGACAACAUCUCAGAAGAUGAUCUGCAGAACCCGGUCCCAGGCCAGCCUGUGCCCUACACACCCUUUGCUGCUGUCCUUCCCUUUCAGCAGGGAACUUCCUCAGCCCCUGUUGAGUUUGUGGGUGAUUUCAGUGCUCCUGAGUCAGUGGGUGACCCAGAGAAGCCACCUCCUCUACCAGAGAAGAAGAACAAACACAUGCUGGCCUACAUGCAGCUGCUAGAGGACUACUCAGAGCCGCAACCAUCCAUGUUCUACCAGACACCGCAGAGUGAGCACAUUUACCAACAAAAGAACAAGAUGCUCAUGGAGGUCUAUGGCUUCAGCGACUCCUUCUGCAGCAGCGACUCCACACAGGAGCUGGCCCCCCCCCCCGCCCUGCCCCCCAAGCAGCGGCAGCUGCAGGCCUCCUAUGCUGCUUCUCCCUUCUCUGUCUCCUACUGUGUCCAGCAAACUAAAGUGGCCUUCACCCCCGAGGACGGCAGUGCCGCUCAGGGCCUCAGUGUAUCCGUGUCUAACUCCUUUCUCAACCGGCACGGCAGCUUGCCUGUGCCCUCGUACAAAUCUGUGUUUAGGUCUUACUCCCAGGACUUCAUGCCUCACCACCAAGCCUCCGUCCAACCUUUCCUUCCGCCUACCUCCUCUUCCUCUCCACAUUUCCCACCUGUCCACGCGUCCCAGAGCUCGGACUUAGCGGUGCCCACCGUGAGCAGUCCGCCUCCCAGCACCGUGGACGGGCCUCUCUCGUCUUCUCAGGACAGCAGCUUUCAUGGGAACCCUGUCCGCCUUCCUUCCGAAACCUCUUUCACUGACUCGGAACUACCAUCAGGAAAGGACGGUCAUCCCAGAGAUCCCUCGGUCAAUAGUGCAUCUGGGAAGGACAGCAGAGAAAAUGGAGAGAGCAGCAGCAAGCAUGGCCCUCCCCAAGCCCUAGCUAUUCACGUUCUUACUGAGACACAGGUUAUUGCAGCUCAGCUGCUGAGAAAAUGUGCCCUGAGGCCCGAGCAAGGGACUCUGUGGAUGGGUAAGAACUUGCGACCGACUGGCACAGGGCCACCAAGCCUAUGGAGGAUGGUCAGCUCAGCUGUCGCUUCUCUGGUCCUUUGCUGCAGGGUUCGGUCCAUUAUCAUGCUGCAGGAGAAGGCCCAGGACCGGGAGAGGCUGCUUCUGAAGUUCAUCAAGAUCAUGAAGCACCUGCGUAAGCUGAAUAACUUCAACUCCUACCUGGCCAUCCUCUCGGCUCUGGACUCAGCACCCAUCCGCAGACUGGAGUGGCAGAGGCAGACCUCAGAGGGCCUGGCCGAGUACUGCACGUUGAUUGACAGCUCAUCCUCUUUCCGAGCCUACCGAGCUGCCCUCUCGGAGGUGGAACCCCCAUGUAUCCCAUACCUAGGUCUGAUCCUGCAGGACCUGACCUUCGUUCACCUGGGAAACCCAGACUAUAUCGACGGGAAGGUGAACUUCUCCAAGCGGUGGCAACAGUUCAACAUCUUGGACAGCAUGCGGUGCUUCCAGCAGGCGCACUAUGAAAUCCGGAGAAACGACGACAUCAUAAACUUCUUCAAUGACUUCAGCGACCACCUGGCUGAGGAGGCCCUAUGGGAACUCUCUCUGAAGAUCAAACCCAGGAACAUAACAAGGCGGAAAACAGACCGGGAGGAGAAAACCUAGGAGCAAGCUGGGUGUGAGAACGUUCGAGGGCCCGGAGAGGACCUGGACCGUCCCAGCCUCGGAGCCUGUCCACAGCUUGGCUGUGUGGCAGCACCCAAUCCUGCUGGCUGGUUUCCUGCCUCUCUCCCUGUGGCUAAAGCCUCAGAGUCCUCAGUGAGCUGGCUGGCAGGCCUCAGGACUGGCUUGUGAACUGGCGGCCCCUGGUCUGGUUUUGUUUUCUGUUUUCUCUCGAUGCUCCUUCCUGUCCCCUGCUGUCCUCCUCCAGCCGGAGAGCAACAGAGACCUAAGCAGCAGACGAGGGCCACGGCAGGCUUCACUCUUCCCAAGGCUACCCUAGCCUUCUUAAGUGGCAGAUAAGUGGGGCUCCAGGACCCUUGGGUGGGCUGCCCUCCAGGGCACCUGAAGUCAGGGGAGAUACAGCUGGGAGAUGGGAGGCAGAAGGCAGAAAAGGGCCAUGGCAGGAAUCUUUUGCUGUCCAUUCCCUGCCUUUUAACUAUGGAGGAUGAGGCGUGUAGACCUGGCCCAGAAGGUAUGAUGGGUGACAGCAGCCACAGAGCUAUAUCACUCAUCACAGUACUGGCCCCAGACCUGUCCUGCCGUGCCUGGCCGCUGGGGCUCACCUGCUCCACAGUGACAGGACCACCAGGAGCAUCUUCCAUCCUGUUGCGCCCGCCCCUGUGGGUCCAGCCCCACCCACAGCACGGCACUCUGGGAUCAGGAAGAGGAGGCAGAAGGAGGGAGUGUUCAUGCUGAGCUGGGGCCAAGGCUGUGCUUCUGAGUGGGUCAGAGUGAGGCUCCUUAGUGACCGAGGGAGAGGCAAGCAGCCCUCCAUGCUUGCUGUGUGCCUUAAUGCCGCCAUCUCCUGUCCCUUCCAGGCCCUUCCAGGCCCCCCUCCUACUUCCCCACCCCUGAGCCAGCAGGUCCCUAAUCCCUUUCUGCACCCUGCAAAUGUCUGGUGUCCCUGAGAAGGCUGAACAGGCCUGGGGUGUGAGUGCCUCCAGAGGCCUGAUUCCAGGCAGAUACUCUUUCCCCACCAGUAUGGAGCCACCCACUGCUGCUGAGGUUGACAAUCGAGGGCAAGAUGUUCAGAGCUUGGUGCUGGGCUCUCCCAGGCUGUGGCUCCAUGGCCACCACUGUAGCUGGUUGGCAGGGUGCAGGUCAGAAUCCAGAGGUGCUGCUGGCCCUGCCCCAUGCCUCCAGUUCACUUUUGCAUGAGCAAGCACCCAUUUCUUCUGGUCGUGGGGCUUGGUCAAAUCGAUACCAGGAUCUCUGUGCUUCCUCAACCCAGUCAUCACAGUGGAAGAGAAGACAGCAGCAGCUGCUGGCCGGGUACAAGUUUGAAACAAGUGUUGCUUUGAACCCCUCCUGGUUUUUUUGGUUUUUUGGCUUUUGUUUUUUUUAGCAGCUUUUAUCAAAAAGGAACUAUGGGCUAUUCUUCCCCCUCUCCUGUUUAUUUGUGCUGUAAAUAGAGGGGGGGGAGGGCAUCUGUGAACAGCCCCUUGGUCAGCUCCCUCUGGCAGCAGCCGGGCGGGUUGUUUUAGGAGUGUGUGUGCGCGUGUGGAGUCAGGCUUGUGAGCAGUCGUGUGGUUUGUUUCUCCUUUGCAGGUCCUUUCAUUUCAGUCUCUCCCUCCUGCCCUCACCAGCUCAGAGUGCUCGGUGUGAGUGGGGCCACUGUGCACGCAGGGCCUUUCCUCCAGCCGCCACAGACAGUGGGUCUGUGGUCUGGCAUCGGUGGGUUCCCAAGCAUGAGCUGGGCGGACGGGAAGGCUCACCUUCCAGAUCAGAAAAGCCAGGGCCUCCUGUAGUCCUGGGAGCCUUUGGUGGCCUAAGCAAAGGGCCAGGACAGUGAGGUGUAAUGUGUGGGUUUAACUUAUUAGCCAACAGGCUUCCCUAGUCACCUGCCUCUGGCUGUGGCUGAGCCCAGUGCUCACUGCAGCCUGGCUUCCACAUGUCUUUUUCUCGGGGAUGGGGGCUGGGAGAGCUGUGGAGAUCAGUCUCUGUAGACAUACUGAAUGGCAUGGACAAUUUGGUUCUCAGCAGAGGCCAGCCCUUACCUGCGAGUUUGGUAUGGCCAAGACUAGGGCAAGCAAAUGCCACAUCUGGCUGACCCUUGAACCGAAACACCUGCCUAAUGCCUCCCAGUGUGACACUGUAAUAUAAAUCCCCCACUAACCUGUCCGACAGUGGCAUCUUCCUACAGACAUUACAAGCGCGUAACUUUUAUAUGAAAAAAUAAACAGACAAAAGCCC